CUUGAAGAAGACACUUUCAGCUCAUUGUUAUUAUAAACCUGGUGACGAAUCUUCUCUUCUUUCAACACAGCAUUUCAUUCUCCAAUAAAAACGAAAAAAAGAAAGUUGUUUGCCUUUCAGUUUGGAUUCUCAAGAUGUUUGACUUGUUAGUUAAGCCAAAGUUCUAUACAAAAUGCAAAUCGGCUAUAAAGAUGAUUAAGAUGAGACUGGAGACGAUAAAGAAGAAAAGAAAUGCGGUGGAAAAGUAUUUGAAGAAUGAUAUUGCCGAUCUUCUCAUGAACGGUCUCGAUGACAAUGCUUACAGCAGGGUUGAAGGUCUUCUGAUGGAGCAAAAGAGAACAUCUUGUUACAAUUUCAUAGAGCAGUUAUGCGAUUGCAUUGCAAAACAUAUCUCAGUCAUGCAAAAGCAGAGUGAGUGUCCAGAAGAAUGCAGAGAAGCUGUCCCGUCUCUAAUAUAUGCUGCAGCCAGAUUUGCUGAUUUGCCAGAACUGUGUGAUCUCAGAACCUUAUUUACUGAGAAAUAUGGGAAUUCCCUAGAUUUGUAUCUGAAUCAAGAGUUUGCACAGAAGCUAAAGGUGGAGCCUCCCACAAAGGAGAUGAAAAUUCAAUUGAUGCAUGACAUAGCACAAAAGUUCUCUAUUGAAUGGGAUUCCAAGGCUUUGGAACAGUCUCUGUUUAAGUCACCUCCAGUGGAGCAAAACAAGGCCCAGCAGAAGUCUUCAUAUGUUUCUGCUGCUCAUAGAUACAAUUUGUAUAGAAACAAGAAAGAUGCUUUCGAGAAAAACAACAAUCAAAUUUACAAGAAUGGGUUGAGUAACGUGCAUGUGUACAGGAGGCCAAAAGGAAAUGAAACAGACCUCACUUCUCGUGGGGGAAUGGAGUAUACAGAUGAUAAGUUAAAGCUGAAUAGCAGCAGUGAAGGUGAAGUGACUGAUCAAGAUAUCCCAAAGUCUAGUUCUUUUUUGGAUGGAAGUGUUUCCGAGGAUGGUAUAGAGAACAGGAAGCCCUUUUUCUACAGGUUUAUUCCUUCUCCCUAUAUAAGGCCUUUGAAACCACAAUCGGGUUGGAAAGGUUUAAAAGGUUUUGGAAAUGAUGGAGCUGCAAAUAUUUGUUUGACAUCCAAACGAAUGGAAGAAGGCGAUAAGAGGGAUGAAGAAGAGAAGAAAAUGGAUGAGCUUUUGAUGCAUUACAGCAAGAAGAAAUCGCCUUGUGAAUGUUUGAGCAAAUGGAAGACAGCACUUCGAGCACCACCCGGAAUACAAGAAUCUGACAACACAAGUAAAGGUCCAGGCUUAAGAAGCACUAUAUCUGACCCGAGUGCUCUUCCAGACGGAGUUGCUAAUUUCUCCAAAGAAGCAACGAGUUCGACUGAGAGAGCUGGAAGGCAUACCCGAGCCUCCUCAUUUCAGCCACACAUGCUUUCUGGGCAUGUGCAUCCGAAGCUACCGGAUUAUGAUGAUUUGGCAUCUAGCCUUGCAGCUCUAAGAAGGCAGUAGAAGAAUAUAUUCACACAAACACACGCGUGCAUGUGUUAUAUAGGCAUAUAGCAUUAGGAGAUAUUGCCAUACAUUCAUAUUCUUUCCAAGUUUCAGAUUUUAAAGGCAUCUAUAGGAAAUGAAAUUGUUGUUUUGUUCAUUCAUUCAUCACCACACAUAGCUCUAGAGUUUUAAGUGCAAUGCAC